UUUAGUUGAUGACCUUUUAACCUCCUUAAUUCUGUGCAGAAGUCUAGUCAAGUCUAAAUGGAUUCCAGCUCAUUGAGGAGAAUACUGUUGAUGUUGAACUUAGAGGAGUGCAUCCCCAAUUUCCAAAGGAACGGGGUGUGCAUGCAUAAGAUGUCAACCCUUUUCAUUACAGCUUUGCUUUUAUUCAGUGUUUUCAGUGUUUCCUCUGCUGUGAAUGUCAUUCUAUCUGUUGAUGGACAUGCUGUUGAAGGCCAACAAACACGAUUAGUUUGUAUCUUUACAAGAACUAAUUCUUUAAGUACUGCUGAUCCACUUAUUAUAUGGCAAGAGGUUGUCAACAGUACAAAUGUUCUUAUUGUGGAAUAUCAGAAUAACACUGUUCCAGUACGGGAGCUGCAUAAUGAUAGAUUUACUGUUGAAGGAGGUGACUUUCGGUCCACACUUGUUAUUCAUAACACAAAAAGAACUGAUGAUGGCACAUAUGAAUGUGAAGUUAAAAUUUUUGACGAUAAACCUAACGAAGGCAGUCAUGCGGUCACAAUAAAUGUUGCAUAUCUCCAUUUUUCGCUACCUCCAUACGACGUUUUUUUCUGUUGUAUGAGUAGUCAUAUGAAGGUAUUAAUAUCCGCGACAGCUAUACAGCAGUGUACCCUUUGA